CGUGGUGCUCUGGGAUCCCGCGCUUCCGAGACUCGCAGUCUCCGCGAGUUGCCUGUUUUUUUCCUGCCUGGACGCGCAUGAGGGCCCCGUCCAUGGACCGCGCGGCCGUGGCGAGGGUGGGCGCGGUAGCGAGCGCCAGCGUGUGCGCCCUGGUAGCGGGGGUGGUGCUGGCUCAGUACAUAUUCACCUUGAAGAGGAAGACGGGGCGGAAGACCAAGAUCAUCGAGAUGAAGAUUGGAUAACCAAGAAAUGACUAAUCAAGAGUCUGCCGUACAUGUGAAAAUGAUGCCAGAAUUCCAGAAAAGUUCAGUUCGAAUCAAGAACCCUACAAGAGUAGAAGAAAUUAUCUGUGGUCUUAUCAAAGGAGGAGCUGCCAAACUUCAGAUAAUAACGGACUUUGAUAUGACACUCAGUAGAUUUUCAUACAAAGGGAAAAGAUGCCCAACAUGUCAUAAUAUCAUUGACAACUGUAAGCUGGUUACAGAUGAAUGUAGAAAAAAGUUAUUGCAACUAAAGGAAAAGUAUUACGCUAUUGAAGUUGAUCCUGUUCUUACUGUAGAAGAGAAAUACCCUUAUAUGGUGGAAUGGUAUACUAAAUCACAUGGUUUGCUUGUUCAACAAGCUUUACCAAAAGCUAAACUUAAAGAAAUUGUGGCAGAAUCUGACGUUAUGCUCAAAGAAGGAUAUGAGAAUUUCUUUGAUAAGCUCCAACAACAUAGUAUCCCUGUGUUCAUAUUUUCGGCUGGAAUCGGCGAUGUACUAGAGGAGGUUAUUCGUCAAGCUGGUGUUUAUCAUCCAAAUGUCAAAGUUGUGUCCAAUUUUAUGGAUUUUGAUGAAACUGGCGUGCUCAAAGGAUUUAAAGGAGAACUAAUUCAUGUAUUUAACAAACAUGAUGGUGCCUUGAGGAAUACAGAAUAUUUCAAUCAACUAAAAGACAAUAGUAACAUAAUUCUUCUGGGAGACUCCCAAGGAGACUUAAGAAUGGCAGAUGGAGUGGCCAAUGUUGAGCACAUUCUGAAAAUUGGAUACCUAAAUGAUAGAGUGGAUGAGCUUUUAGAAAAGUACAUGGACUCUUAUGAUAUUGUUUUAGUACAAGAUGAAUCAUUAGAAGUAGCUAACUCUAUUUUACAGAAGAUUCUAUAAACAAGCAUUCUCCAAGAAGACCUCUCUCCUGUGGGUGCAAUUGAACUGUUCAUCUGUUCAUCUUGCUGAGAGACUUAUUUAUAAUAUAUCCUUACUCUUGAAGUGUUCCCUUUGUAUAACUGAAGUUAUUUUCAGACAUGGUGAAUGCAUCGACUGGAAGCUCCUUUUCUCCACCUCUCUCAACACACUCCUCACCGUAUCUUUUAACCCAUUUAAAAAAAAAAUCUUAAAGCCAAAAUUAGAAAAAGAACUCCCUACUUUUCCAAAGUGAAUUUUGUAGUUUAAUGUUAUCAUGCAGUUUUUGAGGAGUCUUUUACACUGGGAAAGUUUGUAGAAAUUUUAAAAUAAGUUUUAUGAAAUGGUGAAACAAUAUGCAUGAUUUUAAGUAUUGCCAUUUUUGUAAUUUGGGCUAUUAUGCUGAUGGUAUCACCAUCUCUUGAAAUUGUGUUAGGUUUGGUUAUUUUGUCUGGGGAAAAAAUAUUUACCGGAAAAGACUAGCACUUAGUGUUGGAAAAACCUGGUGGUGUUUACAACGUCGCUAAUCAUUACAAAACAUUCUAUAUUGAAGCACUGAUAAUAAAUAUGAAAUGCAAAGCCUUUUUAAUUCUAUGGUCAAAACUA